AACGCGGAGUCUACGCCGCUUCCUGGGCGCCCUUGAAGCACCGCGGGUCAUGGCUGGCACGGCGCGCGGCUGCGGGACCAGCCUGGACCUGCUGCGGUCCUUGCCGAGAGUGAGCCUGGCCAACCUGAAGCCCAGUCCUAACUCCAGAAAACGGGAAAGACGUCCAAGAGAUCGGAGAAGAGGUAGGAAGUGUGGCAGAGGCCAUAAAGGAGAAAGGCAGAGAGGAACCCGGCCAAGGCUGGGCUUUGAGGGAGGGCAGACUCCAUUUUACAUACGAAUCCCAAAAUAUGGAUUUAAUGAAGGACAUAGUUUCAGGCACCAGUAUCAGCCUUUGAGUCUCAGGAGACUACAGUAUCUCAUUGAUUUAGGUCGAGUUGAUCCAACUCAACCUAUUGACCUAACCCAGCUUGUGAAUGGGAGAGGUGUGACCAUCCAGCCGCUUAAGAGGGAUUAUGGAGUCCAGCUGGUUGAAGAGGGUGCUGAUACUUUUCAAGCAAAAAUUAAUAUUGAAGUGCAGCUGGCUUCAGAAUUAGCCAUUGCUGCCAUUGAAAAAAAUGGCGGUGUUGUUACUACAGCCUUCUAUGACCCAAGAAGUCUAGAAAUUCUGUGCAAGCCUAUUCCAUUCUUUCUGCGGGGACAACCAAUUCCGAAAAGAAUGCUUCCCCCUGAGUCACUGGUGCCCUAUUACACCGAUGCAAAAAACCGGGGCUACCUGGCUGACCCUGCCAAGUUUCCUGAAGCAAGACUUGAACUCGCCAUGAAGUUUGGCUACGUCCUUCCUGAUAUUACGAAAGAUGAACUCUUCAGAAUGCUCAGCGCUCGGAAGGAUCCGAGGCAGAUUUUCUUUGGUCUUGCUCCUGGCUGGGUAGUGAAUAUGGCAGAUAAGAAAAUUCUAAAACCUACAGAUGAGAAUCUUCUCAAGUAUUACAGCUCCUGAACUGCCUUCUACUAAAUCAGACUUGUGAGCCAGACGGGCUGCACAUGGAUUCUUGUGGGUAUUAAAGCUUUGGGUCUGUUACCAGCCUUCACUGCUCAGGUCUUUUGUUCUUUUUCCAUCUUAAAUAGCAGACAGCAAAAGCUGCACGAGCGACUGAGCCUUUGAGGGUGUGUGCUUGAAAAUCUGAACAGUGGCAGGCUUUAGAAAGGGGAUUAAAAAGAAAAAAACCUACUUAAAAUUACCUUUCUUUUGGGGGGUGGGGAGACUGUGUUUUGAUACAUGGUUUCUCUGUGUAGCCCUGGCUGUCCUGGAACUUGUUCUGUAGACCAGGCUGGCUUUGAACUCACACAGUUCCGCCUGCUUCUGUUGGGAUUCAAGGCAUGUACCGCCACUGCCCAGCCUGACUAAGUAGUUUAAAACAUUUCUUUACUGUCCAUCUUUUCAUGGACUUUUCUUACCUACAUUUUCUGUUUUGUCAGAGUGCAGGGCAGAGAUUGAUUAGUAGGCCUGGAAGCCUUUACUGUUCGGGGACUUAAACUGGGCCCUCUUGGUCUUCUGUUGUUUAAGACAUCAGACAAGUCCUUUAGCUGAAGUACAGUGUCAGUCUGCAGCAAUAGGAGGAGAGACUGUAGAGUCGCUUUCCUACCAUGUCUUUGCAGUUUAGAGGUUGGACCUGUGCUGUACAUACUGAGUGACACUGCCCUUUGGCUCCAGCUUCUGGGGGGCCCCUGAAUGACACAUGCUUCCUUGAUCUGAGGAGAACUUUGACCAUAGCCUGUCUGCAUAGAAAUCAAUUUCCUUAAAUGAACACGUCCUGUAUUGUAACUGUAUCGGGUGUGCACACAUCCUGUAAUGUAACUGUAUGGGGUGUGCUGUAGCCCUAGGAAAGCUAUUGCCUUGCCGCCUAGUUGUGCAGGAGGCUUUCCUUUGGUACUGCAGUGUACAUUUGCAGGUCUCAGAGCCCCUGCCUUCCCAGGAAGACUUCUUCAUGGGAAGUGAGAGGAAAUUAGUCAUCUGAAGGGAGAACACAUUGCGGCCUUCCAUCUCAGAAUGUACUUUGCGGGUUCUUGGAGUCUCCUCCCCCAUCCCUUCAAGCAGAGUGGCUACCUCACAUAGAAGAACUGACAGCCAAACAUGGGCUUUCUUCAUUUUGGUUGUCUGUGGUGGCAUACAGGUGGAAGGAAAUUGGCAUAGAGUGAUAAAGGGAAGAAUAAAAACAGGAAACAGAUGUCUGGUGAAGUAGAAUGCUGGCCAGUGUUUAUUUGGUGACAGGGACUUUGUCACAAACAGCUGUAUCCGGGUUGAGAGACUAUCCCUACAGCUCAUUCUCAGCCAAAAUAGCGCCUUCCAUGGAAUUCACGUGGUCCACUCUAGCCCUUGUGCCAGUCACAAGGCGUGGAGCGCUCCAGUGGAGGUGGUAGCAGUUUGUAUCCCUUGAGACUCUACCUUAAAAAGCAAUAAGUCUUGAGUGUAGGUCUGUCCUUCCUGGAAUGUGGCCUCAGCUUUCGGUGUGCACACAUCCUGUAAUGUAACUAUGGGGUGUGCUGUAGCCCAAGGAAAGCUAUUGCCUUGCCUCGUGCAGGAGGCUUUGGUGACCAAACUCUAAAAACACUUGAGUUAGUGUUUUAAAACAAUUUUUAGUGCCAGGCAUAGUUAGUUGUACACUACUUUAAUCCCAGCUCCCAGAAGGCAGAGAGGCAGGUAUAUCUCUGAGCUUAAGGCCAACCUGCUCUAUAAAGUGAGACCCUGUCUCCAAAAGCCAAAGCAAACAGCAGACAGUUCUAGAGUUCGGAGACAGAUGGGCAAAGGGUUGAAGUUUAAACUUUAAAGCGUUUGUGAGCCACACAGAAGCUUGGGCAUCAGAAGACUGGUCAGAUACCUCCAGGCUCAGUGGCCAGCCAGUUUAGCUGCAUGGUAGCUCACAACCAUCUGUUUUCCCAAUUCCAGGGCACUUGAUGCACUCUUCUGACUUCCAUGGAUUUUCGGCAAGAUACUCAAUACACAUAAAAUAAUAAAAAAGCCAUUGAGAAAAGACAUCUGACCAGCAUCUGGCCUCCAUGUGUGCCUGCAUCUGGUCUCCAUGUGUGCCUGCAUCUGGCCUCCAUGUGUGCCUGCAUCUGCCCCCACAUCCCAUUUCUAAAGUAAGAGGGAAACUUUUGUUAUGAUCUGAGUCCCUGGUCUUUUUUUUUAAUUGUAAGUCUUUACAAUUUUCUUUGGGAAGUAGAAGGUCCUUCUUAGGGUGGGGAGUGUCAGACGGGACCAGUACUCGUUUCACUUAGGGUGGAGGAGAGAGCUCUGAUGUUAGUGUGAGUCCCAUGACGGUUGUCUUUCGUGAUAACUUGCUGUAGGCAGACCACUACACUCUAGCUUGCUCGUUACAUGCUUGGAGCUGCACAGCCAUCUGGGUGAAACACUUGAGUAGGACUUUAAGCAAGACUAGAUUUGGGACUUUGGCAUGCAAUUUAUUCUCUGCCUCAGUUUCACCAUCUGCCAAAUGGAGGGUAAAAUAAAAAUUUGGUUAUUAUAAAAUACAAAUUCUCUUAGGGAUUUUACUGCUAUAACCAGCACCAUGACCAAAAGCCAGUUGGGAAGGAAGAUUAUUUUGCUUACACGUCCGUAACACUGUUCAUCAAGGAAGGAAGCCAGGAUAAGAACUCAAACAGGGCAGCAGCUCAUGUAGAGACCAUGGAGCAUGCUGCUUACUGACUUGCUCCUCAUGGCUUGCUCAGCCUGCUUCCUUAUAAAACCCGAGAUCACCAGCCCACAGAUGGCACCACCCACAAUGGGCUGGGUCCUUCCCCAUUAAUCAUUAAGAAAAUGCCCUACAGGUUUGCCUACAGCUGGAUUGUACAGAGGCAUUUUCUUAAUUGAGAUUCCUUCAUUUCAGAUGACUGUCAAGUUGACAUAAAAUUAGAACAGUUAUUAUGCAAGUCGCUAGUGUUUGUAAAGCAUGUAGCACAUGCCUGUUUCGUAGGCCUCUAGAGUUAGUGUCUCUUCUGAUCCUUAGGUAACUGCCACCCUGUGGAUUCUACUUCCUUCCCUCUUAGGAUUUACAUAUAGUCUGUAAAGCACUCUUGAGUCUCACUAAUGAGAAGAAAAUGCAUGAUAGACUUUAUAUUGUUUUUAGCAGGAGCUAAAAAAUACAUUUUGAAGAAGCAGCAUAGCAGAGGCAGAAACAUAGCACCCAAGUCUGAAACAAUUGGCACCAGUCUUCCCUUCUGCAGUUUGUUCAAUAAACAGAAUUCCUAAAUCUAA